AUGGAGGAUACACACAGAUCUGAACUCGUUGGAGGUUCCUGCCGCUUUGUUCGUGAGAGCUGGGUUUGCCCUACGAAGGAGGAAUUAUUUUGCUUGAGUAGCCCUUCAUACCUCACAAGGAAGAGAGACUUCAAGGAUGAAAUUUCUGAAUCCAAGCAUGUUUGGUUCUCUCUAAUCACUUCUUGGAAGAUUGAGUGCAGGUCGUUUUCCGUGGCGAAGUUAACGGAUACCCAGAAGUUCCCGAAGAACGUAGGGCUGGGAAAGGAGGAUUACUACUUUUGGAAGCAGAUAGGCAAAGCCCUGCUCUCGACCUACGCACUGUUUGGUGUGGCUUGGUUGUGGAAUGAGACAUCGCCACUGGGUUGGUGGACACUCAAGCCUCGGCCAAAGGAAGAGAAAGAGAUGGCCAACCUCUACGAGCGUCGAAGGUUACCAUAUCCCGGUGACGAAGAGGCUGUGGAGGAGUUCAUUGCGAGUGGGGGCACCAUGGGUACCACCAUCGGUCCCAAAGGAAUCAUCGAGUCUGAUGCGGAAUCCGAUCAUUUCCAGAAGAAGUUACAGUCGAAGAAGUUCAAGCAAGAGUCUCAGAAGCUAUGGCUGAGGAUGAGGAAUGAGGUCAUAUCGGAACUCCAAGAGAAAGGGUUUGACCUGGAGUGAUGAUGGUCUCUCUGCCUU